AUGCAAUCCUCGAAAAAUAUGCCACCCUUUUCACAGUCAAAGCCUCUCUCAAAUGGGGUUUCCAAGAAUCCUCACGAUUUCACCAGAACAAACGUAGUCACCAUUGAUGUAGGUGGUCAACUCUUUCAAACAACCGUACAAACCCUAACCCUAGCUGGGUCCAAUACCCUUUUCUCCAAUCUCUUCAAUUCUUCUGAACAGAACAGUUCAAUCCCCUUUAUUGAUAGAGACCCUGAAUUGUUUUCGAUUCUUUUAUCUCUAUUAAGAACCGGGAAUCUUCCAUCAAAAGCCAAAACCUUUGAGAUUCAAGAUAUUGUUUUUGAAGCGAAGUUUUAUGGGGUUGAACAUCUUCUUGUUCAAUCUCAAUCUAACCCUUCGCAAUUUGAACCUUUUGAUCUUGAAAAAUCAAUGAUAUUGCCUCUCAGUGGCAGAGAUUCACCUUCUGCAAUCACUACAACACCAUACGGGUCAGUCCAUGUCUCUCAUGGCAGCAAAAUCACAUCUUUUGAUUGGUCUUUACAAAGAAAGUCUACGACUUUGACCCAAUUCACGGCUAUUGAUUCUUUAUUAGCUUUAUCAUCAAAUGUUGUAGCAGCUGGUGCUACUGAUUUCUCCGGCUUGCAAAUCAUUGAUCUUGAAAUGGGUCAUGUUAGACAAACCAUAAAUUGGGAAAAUGUGACCAAAUCUGGUUCAACUGUUCAAGCAAUUGGAACUUCCCCUGAGCUUUUAUUCACUAGUUUUGAGUCAAGUCGCAGGAAUUCAAACUCUAUAUUGGUAUACGACCUGAAUGAUAGCUUCAAAGUUGUAUCAGAAAUUGGGCAUAAUGAAAUCUUUGGUGCUGAUCUUGAUUCCGCAAUUCCAUCAACAAAAUUGAAUUGGAUUCCAAGUCUUAAACUGCUAAUGGCUUCUGGGUCUCACAGUGGACCAUCUGGCGUUUCAGGAAACAUCAAGUUUUGGGAUAUAAGAUCCGGGAAUCUUGUUUCAGAAAUAAAAGAGAAAGUCGAUUGCUUUUCGGAUAUCACAGUUUCUGAUACCCUUUCAGCUGUUUUCAAGAUCGGAACAAAUUCUGGAGAGGUUUCUUACAUUGAUUUUAGGAGCAUUUUGUCUGAUAAUUCUUGGAAUUGUCUUGGUGAUUCAAGAAAAGUGAUGAAUGUGAAGAAAGAAGGGUAUGGUUGUAAGAUUGAAAGUCAUGGGAAUCAAGUUUUUUGCAGUAAAGAAGGUGAAUUGGAGCUGUGGUCUGAGGUUUUGAUGGGUUCUUUGAGAAAUGCUAAAAAUGGGAAAGAAGAAAGGGUCUUUAAGAAGAACAUGUUGGGUAGGUCGAAGGAUUUAGGACAAAAUAGGAUCACAAAUCUAGGGUUUGGUGGAAACAAAAUGUUCGUUACUAGGAAAGAUCAGCAAUUUGUCGAGGUCUGGCAAAGCUCUGUAAGAAGAUUUUGA